GAGAUUAAACGCACCUAACCACUCUCUCUCUCUCUUCCCCCGAUUUCUUCCUAUCCUUUUGUUGUCUUCUCUUGCCAAACCCUGGAUUUUCUGUCCUAAAUCUGACUAGGAUCCGGCUAUGGCUUCGGUGGAGGCGAAGGUCGUUGUUCCCAGGAGCUUCAGAUUGUUGGAAGAACUCGAAAGAGGUGAGAAAGGAAUCGGAGACGGGACAGUUAGCUAUGGAAUGGACGACGCCGACGAUAUCUACAUGCAAUCUUGGACUGGAACCAUCAUCGGCCCUCCCAAUACUGCCUACGAAGGGAAAAUAUUCCAGCUGAAGCUGUUCUGUGGGAAGGAUUACCCGGAAAGUCCACCGGAUGUGAGGUUCCAGACGAGGAUAAACAUGGCUUGUGUAAACCCGGAAACUGGAGUGGUUGAACCUAAUCUCUUCCCCAUGCUCACUAACUGGCGGCAAGAAUACACCAUGGAAGAUAUACUGGUUCAUCUGAAGAAAGAAAUGAUGUCACCACAGAACCGGAAGCUAGCUCAACCCCCCGAUGGUAACGAGGAAGCAAGGACGGAGCAGAAGGGAUUAGUGGUGAAAUGUUGUGUCAUGUGAACCAGGUCAGCAGUUUGUAUUAUGAACGCGGCAUUGUAUAUAAACCCAUUGGAUGCUGUCGGCUUAGGACGAUACGUCCUUAUUCCUACUUAAUGUAUCAUGCUUUGUCUGAGAAUAUAUAUCACUCUUCCGCCCGCCCAAAACAGGUGCCGUAAUAAUAAACCCGAGGGUUCUUUCUUUCC